AUGUUGAAAUAUUUAGGUCAAUAUGAUAGAAAGAGAUUAAUAUUCAUUUCUCAUAACGGCAGUGGUUUCGACAACUGGAUCGUGCUUAAAAAUGCAAAAAAACUAACGCAUUGCCCUUUAAAAACACCCAGAGGAAUUCUAUCUUUUCCUUUAUCUAAUCCAUACACGGAUGAAGAUUUACAGAAAAAAUGGAAAAGACAGAAAGAAAUAAAGGGUAAUUACUUACAACAUAUUAAUUUCACAUGUUCCUAUCAACACGAAUCCUCUAGUUUGGCUGCAUGGGGAAAUUCUUCCAAUCUUCCCACGAAUUUGAGAAAGAUUGCCGACGUAGAUAUCGCUAAAUACACGAAAGACAACUGGGAGGAAUUGAGACACGAAUGGGAACCUUACGCCAAGAGAGACACUCUCUGUUUGGGAGCUUGUUUGAUAAAAUACAACCAAGUCACGAAAGAAGUUGUAAACCAGAAUAUGUCCAAUGAUUUAACGGCUCCGUCUUUAUCUUUAAAGGGUUGGUAUUAUUUAUAUCAUUACGAUAAAGAAAUGGUGGAAGAAGAAUGGUAUGAAACUACUAGAAUGGUUGCGAAACAUACCGAAAAAGAAAAUAUAGAAAAAGUUUAUUCGCACACAAAUCCUUUUAUAAGAAAUUUUAUCAGACGAUCUAUUAAAGGAGGAAGAGUUUCGGCAAAUAGAAAAUCAUUUGAAACGAACAAAAUGGAUGAAAUUUGUAACGUAUUAAAGGAAUAUACAGAACUUGAAAAUAUACAGAGAAUCGAAAUCUAA